UGCGCGGCGAACCGGGCGCGUCCCGCCAGCCCGCCCGCGAGCCGGAAGUCAGGCGUCACGGACGGAAGCUGAGCGAAGGGUGUCCCCCGGCCGGUGGGCUGCCGUUGGGCCCGUUGAGGUGGCGGCGAACCCAGGGUUCCGGAUGGAGGCAGCCCGGGGUCCCGGGCCCAGGCUGUGCUGCAAGCCCGGUGGGCGGCUGGACAUGAGCCACGGCUUCGUGCACCACAUCCGACGGAACCAGAUCGCCCGGGACGACUACGACAAGAAGGUGAAGCAGGCGGCCAAGGAGAAGGUGAGGAGGCGGCACACGCCCGCGCCGACGCGGCCCCGCAAGCCCGACCUGCAGGUGUACCUGCCGCGACACCGAGAUGGCUCUACCCGCCCAGGCAAACCAGACCCUGAGGAGUCCAGUGACAGUAGCAGCAGUGGUGGUUCUGAACCGGAGCCUGCUGGCCACCAGCUCUUCUGCCUGGAGUACGAGGCAGACAGUGGCGAGGUCACGUCAGUGAUUGUGUAUCAGGAUGAUGACCCGGGAAGGGUGAGCGAGGAGGUGUCCGCCCACACGCCUCUGGAUCCGCCCAUGCGAGAAGCCCUCAAGUUGAGGGUCCAAGAGGAGAUCUCCAAACGCCAGAACCGCCACUGACCAGCUUGAAAGCAUUCUUUGCAGGCGGGAUUCCCAGCCUUGAAAGAAUUCUGCCCCAGGAGUUCAGCGCCAGGCUGCUUGAUCUUGACACUGCCGGAGCUGCUGCUUGCUGCUGCAUCCAUGGAGGCCUGCUCCCCCACAGCCAUUUCCUGUGCUGGCCUCUGUGCCGGCCUUGUGAUCUGGAAUUUAUUUAUUUUAUUUUAUUUUCUUGGAAGGGGGAGUGUUGAACAUGGCUCUCUUGCUGUUCUGGAAGCACAGACUUGAGAAGCAGGGUUUAGGAAGACCUAAGCUGUCCUGCUGCUUUGUCACUGGGCCCACAUGCCUGGCUGCUCUGUGUUCCACCCAGCACCCUGAGCCUUGUUUGUUAUUUUUUGAUUGUUUUUCUUUGUUGGUGCUCACUUCCACCCACGUGUCCUCAGGCUUUUUUUUUUUUUAAGCUUUAUUCCUUUGUUCUUCCUUUCCUUCACCGCUUUGCCUUAGGCCAAAUCUCUCCCCACCCCUUCAAAGGGACUGAGCACCUCCAGCUGCUCCAGACUUUGGAGGUGGGGGAGUUGAUGGUGAUCUGCCUUUCUCACAAGUUCUCUAAGUAAUUCUGACACUAGGAUAAAGUGGAAGACCUUCAUUCUUGAAAGCUGCUCCCAAGCAUGCCUCCCUUCCCGGCUCCCACCACCACCACUUCCCUCUGUAUCCCAUGGCUUUCUGAAACAGCUUGCAUGCUCCACUGCUUUGUACUGUCAGAUAGGAGACCUAGAAAGAUCCUGGUGCUAACCCACAAGGAUUUCUUGCAGCAGAACCAAUCUGAGGCUGCAGGAUUCCUGCUGUGAAUAGAUUGACCACUAACAGAGAAUUAGCAAAGCAAGCUUGCUUGAAGCUAACUCUGCAAGUGUGACUUAAAAGUCUGGCCCCUAAGUACCAAGGGAAACCCAACAUCAGCAAUAAUUGCCUGUUUGGGGCCAGAGUUACAGGGAGGGUUGCUAAACAAGCUCUGCUCUGCCUCUUCUCCCUGUCCCAUGCCCAUCUGCCGCCCUCUUUCUCCCACACUACCUCUCAAGGAUACACCCAAGGUGGCUUCCAAAAGUUCAUGGGAAAUGGAACUGAAAGGUAGUGUGGAUGGUCUGAACUUCUUGAAGCCCCUGGUGUAUAUGUAACAGAUCCUUCAAGAGCCCCAGGACAGCACUGCCGUUACCUAGGGAACAUCUCUUCUACCGCAGGGUUAGAUUAAGGUCUGAAGUCCACAAGAUGCCGAGUACACCAAAGUUCCAAGGCAACUUGAGUUUGCCAGCAAAUCAGCCUGACCUCAGCAGCUUGAAAUGGACCUCUGAGCCCCAGAACUUCCUGAAGCCAAAGGCGUUUCUGCCCCCAUGUCAAGAUUCUGCACAUCAGUUCGUCUGUCCCAUGGCAACAGCUUUUUGCUCGAAGGACACCUGAGGGAACUGUGGGUUUGUAAUCCAAACCCCCACAGAUCAUCUCAGAACAGGGCAAGGUAGCUACCUCCACCACACCAUGACAGUAACAAAACACUGAGCUGUACCUUGCGGUACCCAGGAACACUGCGACAGUACAAGAGGCGGAUUGCUUAGAAGGGCCUGGCUGUGAAAGCAGCCAGGGACCAGAGUACUCCCGACCCAAGGUUUUGCUGGGAGCUGCCCAAGGUUAAGUGCCUUAAACUGCCAGUCCUGGGCUCAGGUCUGCUUUCACAGGAGAAAGUCCCUUCCCUCUACUUAUGCAACUGGCUACAAGUGCCUUAUGUUAACUGCCCUCCUGGGUCAGGGCUAUUCUCCCCACAGGUUACAGGACCAGUCACUUCAAGUCCGCCGGUUCUUCAAUAGAUCCUGUGGCUUGGCACAUGGGAUUUCACUGGAAUCCUGUGACUGCUCAGUCUGGAGAUUCUUUCUGUGUGCAUCUCACAACUGGAUUGCAUGUUACACAGUUUUUGUAUAACCCAGGUGUUUGGGGGACAUGGUACCUGAGAUUUCUAAACUUCUUUUCCUGUUUUGUGUGCAGGGACAUUUGUGGUGUUUGCACAGUGCAUCCUUCCAUUUGUUUGUGAAGGGAUCCUCAGAGACCCUUCCAGGUGCAGGCAUACAAACUCCUUGCCUCACGACUUGGUUUUGCUGAAACUCUUGGUUUACCAAGUGUAUGUGACACAUUUUCCACCAUGCAAGUAUUCUAAUCUGUGUAGCAUGACUCUAAAGCACUAACAGCCAGGACUGGACUGUUAACCUAUUGUGUAUUGUCAACUCCCCUUCCCCCCACUGGGAGUCCAAAAUGGUACUAUCUCAUCUAAUCACCAGAUCUGCCUCUGAAAGUCCUCCACAUGUUAAAAAUCGGUGAUUUGCCAGCCAGGAGUGUGUCUCAGGACUGACCUGUGUUGAGUGGGGCAUCACUUAUGGAUGCCACUGUUAUGCCAGACUGUUUCAGAAGCAGUGCUCUUUUGAUUAGAUAGGUUCUUGGCUGUCUUUAAAAAAAUGUUCUCAUAGGCAUGUUUCUUGCCAUUUAGUAUGCAGUGUUAAUUCUUAACUGAAGGUAAGCCUGGAUUUAAGGCUUUGUGUUUCCUGGGCCAGCAGGUCAUGUCAUGGGUGCAAGGAACCUGGGCUUGCAGGGGCUUUGGGCUGUGCAAGAGUAAACAUUAAAACUUGAGUUGCAGCCAGUUGGCAAACAUAGAAGUCUUUGAAGAAUGUAACACAAGCAGGGAAAGGAAUUAUGCAGUUGUGUUUUUUGUUUGUUUGUUUGUUUGUUUUUUUUUUCCCAAAAUUGUAUUAUGGAACUGGAGCUAGGGGUUGAAAGUUGAGACCACAUGUUAAUGAUGGGACGUAGGCAUCCCAGCCACUGGGCCAAUCACCUUUCUCUAGAAAGCUUUUUGUACCCAUUGAGAGUUGGCACCUCUGUAGACCUGCUAGCCAGUAGGCCUGUGUGCGUGGGCAAUUACAGGUACAUUUUCUGUGGAAAGGAUGCUCAUCUCUAUGGGCCACUCCAUGGAGGGGCAUUACCGACUGGAAAUUAGCCCAGGUGAAAGCACUUGGAGUAGGCAUCCAACCUCCAUGCGUUCGGCAGGAUCCAGUCAUGACAAGUGAAUAGACCCCCAGCUAGCUCACAAAUUCAAGUGGAACCUUUAUAUGCAGCAAGAGCAAUAGGACAGAUUAUUUCCCUACCUCUGAGCAAGCUGCCUUUUUGUAGAACCAUGGAAUGUUGGCAGUUAAUUAAAACAUCUUAAAUCCUCUGAUGGAGUUCCUGCCCUGUCCUCAACCAGUGAGCUGCUGAGGAGCCAUAGGCACCCACCCCAGAUUUCCCCAGGAGUUGGAGUGAAUGCCGAGUGACCACUCUGCUGCCUUCUCUCAGAAGCAGUGGAGGAAGACCACUGUGCCUGUGUUAAAUGUAUGCAAAGCCACAUCUCUUGUUUCUUCAUUUUUCAAUGUUUCUGUUGCGUGGAUUAAUAAAACUAAAUGUGCAGAUUAUGUGACUAGGCCAAGAAGUAAAGGUUCUUUUCAAGUACAGUAUUUUUUUAACCAAUAAAUGUGCUAUUUUUACAGCA